CAUAAAAAAAAAUAUAUCUUAAUAUUUAAAUAUAGUUCAUUGUAUAAUCAAAAAAAGGUGAAACAUUUUUAAAAUCAAAAUAAAUUUUAAAAAGAGCAAAAAAAAUAAAAACUAAUAAAAAAAAAAUACAAUAAAAAAAAAAGCUUUAUAAAUUUUAUAAAUGAAAAAAAACCCUUAAAAAAAAUAUAAUAAAAUCGAUCAAGAAACACGUGAUAAAAUAAUAAAAGAAUUAAUACUUAAUCCAAAAAACAUUAAAAAAGUAAUAUAAAUCAAAACAUAAAAUAUUAUACACAACAACAAAAAAUAAUUUUUAGGUUUCAGAAUAAUAUGGAGUAAAACUAUCUUCAUGUAAGGCCAUAUAUACGACCUAUUAAAAAGAAGGUCGAAGCAAUAAAAAAACAACACGAGAUCGAAAAACAAAUAUAAUAUCAAACAUUGUAAUUUUAACAAUAUCAUAAGACCCUUUAAAUUGUUCAAUAUCUCCUUUUAUUUAAAUGCAAUAAGCCGUCUCUCAUUCCUAAAAAUCGGAUGCUUUAGAUAUCCAUAAGGAAACAUUAAAAUAAUAAUAAGAGCAUUUAUAGAAAAUAUUAUAAGGUUAAUAAUAAUUUAUAUACGAAAAUCAAGAAGAAAUGCAAUUAUAAAUGCAUUUUAUUUAAGAGGAGAAAAUUACAUUAGAAAAAAUAUAUAAAAACUAAAUAUAAGCAUAAAAUAAAAAAAAACCUGA